UUGAAAAUCUGUCAAACCUGACAGUUUAUAGAUGUAUGCGUUUGUACCGAAUUUAUAUUAUUUAUUUUAGUGAAUAAAGAACUUGUUGCUAUUUAGAUAUUGUUACUGAUAAAGGUAAGACUUGUGUAAUAAAGCAAUGGCCGACGAAGAAGACGAAGGAGGGUUUGGUGGUUUGUAUGAAGACGGGCACUGGGUUUGGGAUGACUCUACACAAGCUUUAAUAUUUAUUAGCGAUCUCCCGCCAAAACCUAUAGAAACAAUUCAAAUACCAACUAAGGCGCUCACAGGGGCUGUUGAAUUUAGAGACGAUGUAGAUUUAAUAGAACAGAUUCGUUUUAGACGGCGAUAUCAAAGAAAACUGAAACCUGGUCAACCUGAUGUUAUUACAUUGCAGGACGUGAAGGAUAUAGCACUGUUCACAGCGCCAGUCAAUCUGUUGAGCCCGAUGUUGAUAAAUAUGCUACAUUUACCUACUACAGAAAGAUUCAUACGCGCGCUUAUAAUGUAUUCGCAGUAUUAUUUACAGAUUGCAGAUGAAAUGGCGCGACGUAUGUUGGAACUGGAAGCCAAAGUUCGAACGCCGUAUUGUGACAUGCUGGAAAAUGAAUUCAGAGAUAAUUUAUCAGAUUUACGAGUGCUCGUAGGCAAGGAAUACAGCACGAUGCUAAUCGGCGGUGGAGAUACGCGAAAAUUUCAUCACAUGGGCCCACAGAAGAAGAGAAAAUCGCUAUCGGACAAAGACGCGCAUCUUUUUGAAACGUUAUUGCGUAUGACGGUGCAAAUUGUGUGGCUGGCUCUAGGUAGAAAAGCUUUCAACCAGAUAGAAUUGGAAAUAAAUCGUAUAUUUAAAUCGGAGACCUUCAAUACAGUAGAGCACACGUUACACACCGACUACGUGGCAAAGAUGAUGAACGAGGAGCGGGAAGCCUUGCUCGGUAUCUGCCUACGUCGUGAUAAAAAGCUAAACACCCGCUCGCCGCUCAUGAACGAAGUCUUCUGUCAUAGGGAUAUCGAUUUUCGUUUAUUAAGUCUAGGAGUUGUUAAAUAUAAUCAAUAUUCACCGAGAACGUUGUACAUGAAGCGAGCAGUGGCAGGCCCCGAGGAGUCGCUGGCGGAGUUUGGUAUUGUGUUGGGGAUUUUAGGGUUGCCGCGGUCUAUCUUUGACACGAUGCUGAGACCGUUACCCGCAGUCACGGAGGGCAAAUCAAAAGCAUCUAUGUCAUCCACAAGUUCAUACAGCGCUAGCACGAAAAGCUCUGUGUCAGUAAAGAAAAACGUAAUUCUAAAAUUAUACUCGGAUAUUAUUUUGCCAAAAAAAGAGGCUAAGACGUCGUAUUUCCCAACGCAUUUCCCCGACGCAAUCGAGGAGAUCCGGCCGUGCAGCGACGUGCAACGUCACCGCUGGUUGAAUCGACUUGCCAGAAUUUUACACCCUUAAUAGUGAUACCAUUUAGUAUUCAAUGGGUAACCGCUGGAAGAAUUUAAUUUACGCUUACGUUAUUAUCGUAAGUUUUAUGUAAAGUUU